CGACCUAUCGCCAAUGUCCCCGUAGAGUUGCUGUAUCGUCAUUCUUUUAUCCAUUUGUUUGCACCGACAACUUUGACACUCUUUUUUGUUUCUAUUACCUGCUGUACACUUCACUCCUUUGUGUACAGUCCCAGCCAUUCCUCGGGGGCAUCUUCGGGCAUCUUCGGACAUCUUGAGCUCCGAAAACAGCGCGUCAUUCACUCGUUUACUCGAUAAUACACUCGACUUUCGUUGCUAUUAUUGUCACUGUUAACAUCCAACUAGCUACCUUCUCUUCAAUCCUUCAAUUCAUAAGACCAAGAGCACUUCAUACACCCCGCAACUAGGGAAUGGCAUUGGUACGGGACCCGGAUUUCUGGCGCCGUUUCUCACGCGCCAUUCGCCUGGAUGAGGAAGCAAAGGGGCCUUCUGAGAGUGCAGAAACGGUGGUAUACUCACACGAGUGGAUUCAACGCCAACAACACAAGAAACGAAAGACCUGCGCCUGUGGAUUCUUGAUUGCCUUCCUCGUGUGUUUCUUCGUUGCAGCGGCCGUGGUGGUGAUUUGGUGGUUCGCUACGCACAACUGGCUACGUGAACCGCCGCAUGAGUCGCACGAAAAAGUCGAUUCCCAAUGAUCGCCCAGGCUCAUACCCUUCGAUUGUCGAUGAGCUUCUCGAGAGCGACAUCUUCUACUAUACAAAAAACGUGAUGGAUGAAUCCAGGGCUUCAACAAUCCAGCGUGAGAGAUAUGAUCAUCUGUGACUCGAUUAGCAGGAUUCCUUUGCGGCGUUGGGUGGUGUUAAUUUGAGAAAAUACCCUUUCUUUUGGUCCUGCUCUGAAUACAAGCCAGAGCCACUCAGGUCAUUCUUGGCGUUUGGCGUUAGGUCGAUUGAUACGAAAUUAAUUGCAUACAAG